GAAGACAAGACAAGAAAACAGGAAGAGAAGAAGAAUGAUGCUAAAGACAAGACUGUAAAAAAACAGGAAGAGAAGAAGAAUGAUGCUGAAGAUAAGACUGCAAGAAAACAAGAAGAGCAGAAAAACCCGGAAGGCAGGAAGGAAACAGAGGGGAUGAGAUUAACGCGGGAACAGAGGAAGAAACGGGAUGGUGAAUCUCAGGAAAAGAAAAAAGAGAGAACGAGAUCAUGUCGACUGGAGGAGAGUAAACAGCAGAAGAAGAACAAGGAAGAGAAGAAGAGUGGAGCCGACCAAGUGCAGGCUGCAGCUGAAAGUUUACAGAUCGAAUCUGCUGCCAAAGACGCGGCGCCGGAUGAGAAGGAGGUCACUGAAAGAGAGGUCACUGAAAGAGAGAGUCCAACUGGGACGGAUCAAGGACAGCAGAAGAAGAACUCCAGUUCAACGCUGACGGACUCGACUCUGCACCGGAUCAACGGAGACCUCCGCAUCUCUCUGAAGACGGACAAACCCGACAUCAGGAAGUGUCUGUCGGCGCUGGACCAGCUCAGCAUGCUGUAUGUGACGUCCGAACACGUCCAGAGGCACAGCGAGCUCAUCGCCACGCUCAGGAAGAUGCGGUACUACCGGGCCAACCAGGCCAUCAUGGACAAGGCCUCCAUGCUCUACAACCGCUUCAAGAACGCCUUCCUGGCGGCCGACGGCGAGGAGGUGGUGAGCGCCGCCUUCCUGCGCUCGCUGCUGCAGGACAAGGAGGAGGCGCAGCUGGUGAGGGAGAAGGAGGAGGCGAGCGAAGGAGAGGAGGAGAAGCUGGAAGCGAAAGCUCCAGUGGAUUCCUCCUGAGACCCGGACCGGACCGGACCGGACCGGACCGGACCCGCUCUGAUCCCGUCACACAGCAGCUGGUUUAGUUAGCUUGAGCUGGACGUUCGCCUGCUGUAUUUUUACAUCCCAGUGGAAACUGUAAGGCCUCCAACACGUGGCACGUCUCCCACGUUGUUUUAAUUUAAUCUGUAAUUUCAGUCAGCAGCAUUAAUACCGAUUUAAACUUUUAGAGUCUUUAACUGAAACACUGAGUUACUUGUGCUAAUUUGUACUUCCUGUGUAAAGUUCCUAAUCUCAUACUUGAACUCCUCUGGUGCAUUUGGCCCGGCUUGCCCUCAGAGAAGGGGCUGAUGGGAAACGUAGUUCUUUGAUUUUAUUUUAUUUAAAGGUGUGUGAAUGAAACAUAGAGCAUUAAACCCGGGCAGGAUGUUGAGAAACCUACAGAACAGUGCUGCAGAGAUAAAUCUGUUGUUUUUGUAAAAAUCUGGACUUUAUUUUUAUUUUUAAAGUUGCUGCUUCUUCCGAUGUUUUUACUUGUGUGCGUGUUAGUUUUCAGGAACCUGUCUGUUACAGGCUGCUGCUGCUGCUGUCUUGUAAAUCUGUAUUUUUCUGAUGUUUUUCCACAAACUUGAUUGAAUUAAAAUCCUAAUCAUAAAACUGG